GCUGGCAGGGCUGUGUUCCUGACCUUGUCCUUCCCAAUUCCAUCCCUUAUUAUCCCUCGCUCUCGCGGUGCAGAACGGCCCGAUCCCAAGACGCGUUUGACACCACCCAAUCCAGACGAAGAAAGCAAAGGAAAAGGAGAAGACAAAGGCAGACAACCAUCCCAGAAGAACACACAGACUCCCUCUGAUGCACCUCAGCUUUGGGCUAAUCAAAGCAAACCUUACGGGAACCUAAAGUCCUCAGCUGGGCCCCUGGCUACUACCUUUAAGGACCUAAUUAAAAAUCCAACACCUGCCACCUCACCUUUUCUCCGCCCUACCCUUCCCGUGUCAUCUCACACCCUCGUUCUGCGACCGAAAGUAGAGCCGUCGCCCCCGCCAUGGACCCCCGCGACCGAGACGACCGCACCGGCGAGACCACGCCGCUGCUGUCGGAUCAGCCGCAUCACAAGCCGGACAUUGAACCGGCGGGUAGCGGUGGUUGGCUGUCGGAAGCAUGGCUCCUCUGUCGGUACUCAUUACCGCUCAUCGCCACCUAUCUGCUACAGUACUCAUUCACCGUCAUCACGACGUUCGUGGCAGGCCACCUCAGCGCCGAUGACCUCGCCGCCGCUAGCAUUGGUCUGACGACCAUGAACAUCAUCGGCCUGGCUAUCUACGAGGGCAUGGCUACCGCUCUGGACACCCUCUGCGCCCAGGCUCACGGCUCUGGUCGCCUUACCGCCGUCGGCCUCCAUGUUCAACGCAUGCUCAUUCUCAUGGCCCUCGCCACCAUCCCAAUUGGGCUCUUCUGGGUCUUCUCGCCAUCGAUUCUCUCUCUGUUCGUCAAGCAGCACCACUUGGCCGUCAAGGCCGGCACGUUUCUACGUGUCAGUUUGAUCGGCAUGCCCGGCUACGCCGCCUUUGAAGCCCUCAAGAGAUUCCUCCAGGCUCAGGGCGACUUCAAGAGCGCCAUGGUCGUCCUGAUUAUCUGCGCCCCUAUCAACGCACUUCUCAGCUGGCUGUUCGCUUUCAAGUUGAACAUGGGUCUGGAAGGCGCCGCCCUGGGCCAGGCUCUGGCCAACGACCUGCGUCCCGUCCUCCUGCUCAUCUACAUCGUCGUUUGGGGCCAGUGGUCGCACCAGUGCUGGGGUGGAUUCUCUCGCAAGGCCUUCACUGAGUGGAGCGUGCCGGUGCGACUCUCCGUUGCCGGAUCGGCCGUCAACCUGGGCGAGUGGGCUGCCUUUGAGAUCUUGACGCUCAGCACAUCCUACCUGAGCACCGAGCAUCUUGCCGCACAAACUAUCUUGACGACCAUCUCCGUCGUCAUGUGGCACAUCCCCUUCUCAAUCUCGGUUGCCAUCAGCACCCGCAUCGGUCACUUGAUCGGCGGCGGGCUCGUAGCGACCGCUCGGCGAGCCACAACCGUAUACGCCAUCGUCUUUACCGUCGUCGGUAUCCUAGACGCCAUUCUAAUCUUCCUUUUCCGCCACCAGCUCGCCCUUGUAUUCUCUGAGGACGCCGAGGUCCAAAGGCUCACGUCCGACUCCAUGCUUGCGGUCGCGGCAUUCCAGCUCAUCGACUCCAUCAUCAGCGGAUGCAACGGUGUGCUGCGGGGUCUCGGCCGGCAGGCGGUUGCGGCUUUUGUCGUGUUUGCCGUGAACUACCUGGCUGCAGUACCGCUCGCGGUCUGGCUCGAGCUGGGAUCACCAGGCCUAGAGCUGGAUGGUGCCUGGAUAGGCCUCGGUGGCGGCAUGGUAGUCAUCGCCAUUAUCGAGUGCAUUUACAUGAAGGUGAUCCGGUGGCAAGACUGUGUCGAAAGUGUGAGAGAUAGAGAAGGCAUGUAAUGCAUUCAUUCCAAUCCAACAAAAAGCGGACUAGCAUACAAAUACCAUAGACAAGCUAAUUAGAUUUCAUUAUUCUCACGAUACUUCGGUCCCUCCAACGGCAAGGAAACU